CGCAAUCCAACGUCUUGGACUUCUAGCAUAUCUUCGCUCGUUCGCUCACUCCCUCGCUGAACCCGGUGCGCAUCUCUCGCUACUUGCUUUUAACUAAGUCUAGUCCAUCACUUAAUCAUAUUCAUAAUGCGUUUCUCCACUUUCGCCCUCGUUUCCCUCGUUUCCGGCGUCUUCGCCGGUAACUGCGGUCCCCAAAACGGCAAUGCCAGCUGCGCCGCCAGCGAGUGCUGCUCGCAAUACGGCUGGUGCGGCACCACGGCCGACCACUGUGACCCACAGACGUGCAUCAAGGGCUCCUCUGGUUCCGCUUCCAAGUGCAAGACGUCUAGCAGCUCCCCGUCAACUGGUUUCCCCGCCAGCGUCCCAGAGAUUGACGUGUGCGGCCACGCCCAAGGCGGUGUCAGCUGCCCCGGUGCCGGUGCCAAUGGCUACUUCUACCGCUGCUGCUCCUCGGCCGGCCACUGCGGACCCAAGAACGACAUCCAGGACCAGGCCUUAUACUGCGGUACCGGAUGCCAGGCUGGAUUCGGAAAGUGUGACAAGCAAAAGGUGCCUGCUGAGCCCACUGCCCCCAGGGGUACCGCCCAGAAUGGCGAGAGCUGCGGUCCUAUUGUCAACAAGAAGUGCGCUUCUGGUCUCUGCUGCUCUGGGUCCAACUUCUGCGGUACUGGCAAAGACUUCUGCGGCUCUGCCAACUGGUGCCAGAGCAAGUGGGGAAGGUGCGACUAAGUGUGUUGAGCAAGAGAAGGAUACUGUAUUAGAGCAAACGUAUUCAGCCAUCAAGCUCAGAGAAUUGGGUAUAGAAUCAGGAAGACAUAUUGCUAGUUAUGACGUAAAGUCAUACACAAUACAAAAUCCAUACACCCAAGC